CUCGAUCGAUCUGGCAUCUCAUUUCAUCGUGUCCCCAAUUCGAUCUCAAGUCAAGUUUCCAUGGGAGGCCACCAAGGUUCCAGCACAGAACGCUUCUCCUCCGCCACAUGGUUCUCCCAGUUGUGUGCGUCAGCUCGCCGAUUUAAAUCAUUGGCUCCUCCGUCCUUGGAGACUGCCGUUCGCUCCACCUCCGGCGACUCUUUAGUUCGUCGCCUCGGCCUCUUCGACCUCAUACUGUUGGGUAUCGGCGCUUCCAUCGGCGCCGGCGUCUUCGUAGUAACGGGAACCGUCGCUCGAGAUGCUGGACCCGGAGUGACGAUCAGCUUCUUGCUAGCGGGAGCAUCGUGCGUGUUGAACGCCCUCUGUUACGCAGAACUUGCAUCUCGUUUCCCUGCUGUUGUUGGGGGAGCUUACAUGUACUCGUAUUCAGCUUUCAACGAGAUCACCGCUUUUCUCGUUUUCGUUCAGCUCAUGCUUGACUAUCAUAUUGGGGCGGCUAGUAUCUCUCGUAGCUUGGCAAGCUAUGCGGUUGCUCUCCUUGAGCUUUUUCCAGCUUUCAAGGGCUGUAUUCCUCUCUGGAUUGGAAGCGGCCAAGAGUUGUUCGGAGGCUUUCUCUCUUUCAAUAUUUUGGCUCCCAUUUUACUUGCGCUCCUCACCCUUGUUCUAUGCCAGGGUGUCCGAGAAUCUUCCGCUGUAAACUCCGUUAUGACUGCUACCAAGGUCGUUAUCGUUCUCGUUGUUAUUUGUGCCGGAGCUUUUGAUAUUGAUGUAGCAAAUUGGUCCCCUUUCGCUCCUAAUGGUUUUAAAGCUGUACUCACUGGAGCUACUGUAGUCUUCUUUUCUUAUGUUGGAUUUGACGCUGUUGCUAAUUCUGCUGAAGAAUCCAACAACCCUCAGCGCGACCUCCCAAUCGGAAUUAUGGGGAGCCUUCUGGUAUGUAUCUCGUUGUAUAUUGGCGUCUGUUUAGUGCUCACUGGGAUGGUCCCUUUUAGUCUCCUCAGCGAAGAUGCUCCUUUAGCCGAAGCCUUUUCAUCCAAGGGUAUGAAGUUCGUCUCUAUCUUAAUCAGUAUUGGUGCUGUUGCUGGACUCACAACUACCCUGCUUGUUGGUCUUUACGUUCAGUCCAGGUUAUAUCUGGGACUAGGAAGGGAUGGUCUAUUGCCCUCAUUCUUUUCCAGAAUACACCCAACUCUUCAUACACCUCUUCAUUCUCAAAUCUGGUGUGGCAUUGUUGCUGCCGUUUUAGCUGGCAUAUUUAAUGUACAUAGCCUUUCUCAUAUUCUGUCGGUUGGUACAUUGACUGGGUAUUCAGUAGUUGCAGCUUGUGUUGUAGCUUUGAGAUUGAACGAUAACAAAGAAAGGGAGUCGUCCAAUCGAUGGACAUCAAGUUGGCAUGAAGGCGUCAUUUGCCUUGUUAUAAUUGCAUGCAGUGGUUUUGGUGCUGGCGUAUUUUACCGUUUUAGUGCUUCAGUUAUAUUUCUUCUUCUCUCAGUAGGUGUGGCAGUUAGUGCUUCAGCAGUUCUCCAUUAUCGUCGACUUUUCGCUUCCACAGGCUUAUGCUCAGUCUCUUGGUUCGGGGUUUUGCUGUCCUGGUGUGCCCAUUGUGCCAUGCGUCUGCAUUUUCUUUAACAUCUUCUUAUUUGCGCAGUUGCAUUAUGAAGCAUGGAUAAGAUUUGUUGUUGUGAGUGUGCUUGCAACUGCCGUUUAUGCCUUGUAUGGACAGUACCAUGCCGAUGCAAGCACCUUGAUUUAUCAGAGGGCACCUGAAAGUGAAAGUGACUCUGAGUAAAAGCUUAGAGUGUUUGCUUCGACUACGCGAAUCCUCUAUUGAGUAGGUGAUUUACUGCGCUGUGUGAGAGACAAAAACAGUGUGCAAGAUUGAAUGGGAUUAGUGAUUCAGAUAUUGUAAAUUGAAAAAAAGUGAGGAUGCUCGUAAAAAUUCUGCAAGUUAAUAUAUGAAACCUUAUGUGUUUCAAUU